UAUUUAAUUUAAUCCCUAGUCUUUCACCUAAAGAUUGGCCCUUACGGUCGAUUUUAAGCCGCCGCCGACAUAUUUAGUGUUAGUCGCCGUUGCAGUUAAUAUUUGUCUUCGCGGGGUUCUGUGCUGCAGUGAAAAGUUUUUGCUUGCGUGAAUAUUUUAAUAUAAAUUAUUUUAAUUCAUUAUUUUCGAUUGAAUAAAAAAAAAUAAUAUUUACAAAUUGAUUAUUAAAGUUAUUAGUUAAAGCAUUAAAUAUGGCAGAGACUGAAGAUGUCAGUGAACUGCUAUUCUUUGAUACAUUUUCUCAUGAAUCAGACGCGGAUAUAAAUUUGGAUCUGGUGCAGUUUCCUAAACCGGUGUUUAUCACACAAGUUCGCAUUAUACCAUUGGGCGCUCGCGUACAAGCAGACUUUCCCGGUGGUGUACGUUUGGGUGCAACCAAUCCCUCUAAGUUUGAUAUAGAGUUCUUUGUUAAUGAUUUGGGCAUGCCGGGUGCUUCAGCAUUUGAGAAUUUGGGCCAGUUGCAAUACAAUCAAAAUGAUUGCAUACACUUGGAGUGUACACAGGAUAAAAUACCCACUGACGGUUUGGUUUUGAGAGGCUGGUAUAGUACCAUUACCCUGGCUGUAUAUGGUAUAUUGACUAAUUCGUUAACGGAAAAUAUAGCCAGUCCACCACCGGCUCCCUGUGAACCCGAAGAAAUGGAUGAUUUGCCCAAUAUUAGCGGUGAGGGUGUAAGAAAUUCUAGUAUGGCCGAUGAAGAACUUAAAGAAGAUUGGAAGGAGCCGUUGCCGGGUGAGUUAAGUUCACACACCCAUGAUCAUGAAGAAAUGGACUAUGACGGUUUACGUGUUCGUGGAGCGGAUGGUCAUUAUAGACGUGAUUCGGGUGAUGAACGUGAAAGAAGAUUAAGAAAAUCUUCAAGAUCUUCUGAAAGAUCACCCUCUUCGCGUAAUCGUUGCCAUUCGGAAAGCAAUGAAUAUAUGAGAAAUAGGGAAAGAGAACGUGAACGUGAUAGAGAAAAACCCUUAAGAGACUGGUCCAGAAGUCCAGUAUAUGCUCGUCAUUCACGAAGAAAACGUUCAGAACGCUCUCGCUCAGAUGUUGACGAACAGCCUAAAUGGCCUAGGACACCACCAGCCUCUAUAGAUUCACCGGUUAGACCUCGUUCUCCCGACUACACUGACGAAGAGUCUAAUACUCAUUAUAAAUCUCUAAAAAGUAGAAGCUAUCGCAGAUCUUCCGAAUCUUUAGCUGCUUCGGGCAAUACCGCCGAUGUUCCAGAGUCCUGUAUCAUUGAAGAUGAUGACAAUCCUGGUACACCAGUCGAGCAAUAUGAACCCAUCCUUAGUGAUGAUGAAAUAAUCGGUGAUGAUCAAGACAAUGAUUCUAAUACCAAUGAAGAACCUUCAACAAAUGCCGAUGAAUUUGAACAGGAACUACAAACGUUGGCCCUUAAAGCUAAACCUGCAAUUAUAGAAUUUAAUCCUUAUACACAGCCGGUAGAGAAAUUCACCUCUAACUUACCACAACAAUAUCAAAAAGAUAUUGAUGUCUUUAAGACUCUACUUAAGAAAUUCGAAUUACAAACGAAAUGUGAAAAUGUUAUUUCCUUCAAGGAUAACGCCACUACCACAGAAGAAAAGGAAAGUUUUGUUUUCCUUAGUGAGCAAUUGAUUAAUCAUUUAUCCUAUCUUAAUCAAAACUAUAAUAGAAGACAACAGGUUUUGGCCUGUGUUUUGGAAAAUCAACAGCAUUUGCAACUUUUAUGCAAAAUUUCCAUUAUAGCUUUAGACUUCGAGGCUGCUUGCUGUCAACCUCAGCCAGCUUUUAAGAUCAGACACAUUAAGACGGGCGCUCGUUUAAUGGAACUUUUGGCACCCAGUGUAGAAAUUUUCAAUUAUCUUUUAAUUAACGAAAAUUUCGAUCCUUUUAAGGUGGUUUUAACUCUAUACCAUCAAAACUACAUGGCCUUAUCGAUUAAAUUAAUGCUACUCAAAACUAUAUACUCAUUAUUGGAUUGCAAACCCGCCCUACAACACUUUCUGUCACCCACCAUCAAUGGUUAUCAACUUAUUUUGGAUUUGUUGCAAAAUUCUAAAUUAACUCGCACCAAGUAUUUUCUACAAUCCAUUAUUAAAAAGUUACAUCUUAAUGAAUCCUUAGCAACUAUGCGUGAAACUUGCACACAACUUUUUGUUAUCACCAACUAUGAGGCAACCUCUUUGGAACCUUAUCAAACUUUAGAGGCAUGUUUGCAACAACUUUUGGAUGCUUUACAGGAGAAUUGUCUCUCAUAUCAACAACCUAAAAGAUUUCUGCCAGUUUCUAAAAAAUUUGAAAUAUCCAUUGAUGCAGCUGCUCAAAAAACUUGUGCCAAUGCUUUUAGAUCAUAUUUUAUACAACAUUCGUUGGCUGAAUCUUUACUGUUGAUUGUUAGCAAUGCCGGCCAGUUGCCUUCAUCGUUGUUGGUGACUUGUUUGGAUGUGUUACGUUCCCUGUUGCAGUGUAGUGUGGGUAUUGAUUAUUUAACAGAUGAUUGUUUUGAAGUGACACAGAUGUUGGUGGCAAUUUUACUGGGUAUUGAUGAGGUGCCAGCAGGUGUCGAGGAAGAAGAAAUUGUGGAAGAACAAACUCCGAAAACGGAUGAAAACACCACCAACGAAGAAGCACCUAAUGAAAAAUCACCACAAACAACUGCAAAGACAACCGAGAAACCAGAAGAAAAUAAAGCAAAAGAAACUGAAACAAAAGAACAAACCCCUUCGGCUGCAGCUCCAGAUGAAGACAUAGAAAUGACAGCACCAGAAGAUGAAAUUGUACUAAAAGAAGGCCUCGAUCAUAAUAAAGAAUUGGAAACAUUGGCCAUAGAAUUGGCAUAUAAAAUACAGACACGUUAUCAUCUAGAUGCUAUUGUUUUCUAUUCCUCUAUAAGUGAAACAUAUGAUUCUCUUAAAUUGGCCACACAUUUACAUGCUCUUUACUCACAAACUUGUAAUGCCAAUGGACGACAAUAUACGGUUGAAGUGUUGGGUCUUAAUAAACAAAUACAAGUCUUUAUGGAUUUGAUUAAACACGAACAACGUUUACAGGCUCAACGUCAGUUAACUUCGCCUGGUGCUAAGUAUAAAAGUCCUGUCUUAAGUUAUGCUGUUGAUAUGGUCGAUUGUUGUGUGCGUUAUUGUGAAAAUCUAGAUUAUUUAAUAGAAUUUGGUAAACGUAUUCUGGAAUUGGCUAAAAAUCAUGAAACAUUUGAACCUUCUGUAUCGGCUGUACUGCAAGAAAUGUUUGUCUAUCUUAAACCUUUAGAAACUAUCAACAUUUUUGCUUACGAUGAUAUAACACCACUAGUAGAAGUUAUUACACGUUCUUUGGAAUACAUUACCACAUUCCCUGGUGAUCUUAUAAUGGGUCUAAGAAUUUUACGUUAUUUGGCUAUAGGACCAACUUCCAAAAUUUACAAAUCAGCCGAUACAGAAGAACUAAAACAUCGUUAUGUGGCGCUGCAAUUCUAUGCUGCCGAUGGCAUGCAAACUUUAGUACAUAUAUUAGAAAAACUCUGUGCUUAUUUUGAACAACCUGGUUUACAUACUCCGGCUUUAAUGACCCUACAGGGUGUCCACUGCUGUCAAAUUAUUUUACCCACUUUACAAGUUAUGCGUGAAAUGCUUUCAUUUGCUAUCCAAUGUAGAGAUGUAGAAUUUAAAGAUUUGACGGCAAUUGAUCAUUUAAUGCGCACCUACUAUUUGAUGCAUUUCUUCCCGGUCACUAGUCCAGCAGCUGGCGAAGUGGCAAAGGCUAAAUAUGAAAUUAUACAAACUUUGCUGGCCUAUACACAGCCGAAUGAACAGGACGAGGAAUUGUUGCACAAAUCACUGUGGACUCAGAUGAUAAGAGAAAUAUUGAAAAAUAUCGAUGGUCCUUCGACGUUUAUACCAGGUCUUCUAGUCUUGGCUGAACUUUUACCACUUCCCCUGCCCCUACCUCUGCCCCUCAUGAAUCCUUCAAGCAAUGCAGAAUCAUUGAAAUCCCAAGCUCAACACUUAAUAAGAGAACGUAAAAUCUGGUCUGCUCAUCUACAUCCACAAGGGGCGCAAAUUGCACGUCUCAUUGAAGCCAUGGCUCCCUCAUCAUUCCCCCAAUUAAGUGAUUUGUUAACUCGUGUCUGUUUACAACUGGCAGAUUUGGCUCCCAACAUGACCCUACUCAUAUCAAAAACGUUAACUGAUUUAUUAACUAACGAAUGGUCUUCUGCGGGACAACAGCCAACAGCACAUUUGGCUCGUUUAUUGCAAUUUUUUGCCCGCCUCAAUUCGUAUCCUUCUCUAAAGAUAUCAACACUUUCCAUUUUAUCUGGGAAAUUAUGGGAUUUCCUUAAUGGUUUGUUGACCACAAAAACCAACACAGAAGUGGGCAUAAAGUGUCAGAUAUCAGUACAUCGUCUAUUGGAAAGUUUCUUGGAUUCGGAGAUUUCUUUUCUAGCUUCCUCGCAUGCAAGUGCUGUUAAUAACAAUAAUAAUCCUUUGCUUAACUUGGCCACUGCUUUGCCCAAUAAGGAAUUGAUACCCAAAAUUGUGGAGGCUAUUUUUAGCAAUCUUAUGGAGGUAGAAGUUACUUCAGAGGUAUCGGCUAUGGGAGUUAGAAAUUUAGUUAUAUUAACCGAACAUGAUAUUACUUUCUAUCAUUUGUCACUGAUAUUGAAACAAAAAUCCACGGAAUUCCAAGCAUGGAUGACAAAGAUAACCAAUCUUAAUGAGGCUGGUCCCUAUAAUUCCAAUAUUGAAUCGUUGGUUUUAUUAUUACGUUCUCUUACACAAAUUGAAGAUUUAACUCCCCAGUAUAGCUGUUUACCAGCGAGAACAUUGAAACUUUCCGCUAUGGAAUUGGCACAAAUAAUUGGUUUCAAAACGGAAGAGCCAAAAUCUAAUAUAAUCGAAUCGAUUUCUAUAAUAUUAGAACGUAAUAAGGAGGAUAUUAAUGAUACGUUAUUAACCGAUAUACAGCAAUUAAAGGACUUAAUGGCGAAUGUUAAUACUGGUUCUAAUACAGAGGAGGAGGUUAUGGUGACAGAGCCACAUUUACCACAAACUGAAAGUAUUGUUACACAAUAUGAUGCACGGCCCAUAUUCACUACUUAUGAUCCACAAACCGAUGAUGGACAAAUGGUGGCCCAACACUGGUUGAAUACUUUAAAUAUUGAGGCACUUACCACCGAAGACAUUGAAACGCAAUCCGAAAGAGUUUCCUGUGAUUUGACUGAAUUGGCUCAGACCUGUUUGACGCCCGAGUGCAACCUCUCUUCGGAUUGUAAAAGAGUAUUGCACUUGUCCGCCUCACCACAAUCCAAUCGUGAACGUACCCCUACUGCCCCCUGUUUCCGCACUAGACGUGUUGAAGUGGAACCUUCAACUGGUAGACCUGAAAAGAAAAUCUAUAUUACAUCUAUGAGAGGUAGAGGUUUUCCACGACCACCUCCCUCUAGAGGAGAUCUCUUUCGUUCUCGUCCACCCAAUACCUCCAGGCCACCUUCGCUUCAUGUCGAUGACUUUUUGGCCUUGGAGACUUGUGGUGCUCAACCUACAGGACCUACAGGUUACAAUAAAAUACCACCUUUAAUGCGUGGCUCACGAGUGGGUCGCAAUCGUGGCUCACGCAUUUCUGCUGUGGCCGCCUAUCGUAAAACGAAAAUAUUACGCACAAAUUCACCCUCCACCUGGAAUGAGGGUGGUUCGCCACACUAUCGCUCUAAUCCCGAUUCACACUUUUCUGGUGGACCCGGUGAUGGUCCUCACUAUUCAACUAAUCAUUUUACCGGACGUAUACGUGGUCGUGGCAUGCGUUCUCGCCCCUAUAUGCGUUAGAAUUGAAGAAAUUAUAAUUUAUAAGUCGUCUCCUAAUUUGUUUUGUCUCUACUCUAAGCUGACCUUGAUUAAUUUCCAUUAUUACAUGUUUUUUUGUAAGAUCAUUAUAACAAUAAUAACACAACUGAAAUUAAUAUUUAUAAUAUUUUAUUUCAAAAUUAUCAUUGUACAAUGUAGUUUAUUCUUAUCAAUUAAAACGUGUAUACAGUGCAUAUUACGAGUA